AUGGAGAAGUCAUCAAAAAGGCCCUCUGUAUUCUCCUUGAACAGACCAAAGUCAACAAAGUCAAAAAAAGAAAUUAUGUUCGAACUUCAGAAAAAACUUCCACUUCAUAAAUGCACGUUUGACCGUCAGAGAAGAAGUUGGGUGGGCCCCGUUAAACCUCAGCAAACCCUCCCGUCCCGCUGGGCAAAAACCAGAGGUGCAGUGUUCUUUCUUGGUCUGAAACCAUCUACCAGAAGAUCGAUAGAUGUCGAAAAUUUAGUGAAGGCUACACAGUUGCUGAGAUCAUCAAUGAAUAACGAUGACAAAAACGAUUCAUCUGAAAAAGAUGAAGACUCUAUGGCUGCAAUUCUCGACAAACCAGUCAUAUCAAAACCGUUCAAAUCAUCCAGUAAAACUAUUUGGACAUGUCCAAAUGCACUGAAACCAGUAUCUGAGAGGUGCAAAGAAUUUACGUUUGAGAAAACGAAGGCAAACCAGGGUGAGAAACAGGUGUCCGCGGCUACUAAUCUACAGGCCGUGUAUCUAAAGAAAUUACUGGACGAGAAAGAGAAGGAAAUCAAAUCACUCCAGAAUCAGCUUCAUAAAGCCAACAAUGAGAACGUGAAACUAAUACAGGAACUAGAAGGAUACAGGGGAAAAAACUAUGAUGAAAUGUAUAAAGAGAAUUUGACCAAUAAAGACCACUUAAAUCGAGUAUGUCGGGAAAACAUUCUGCUGCACGGACUUUUACGGAAGCAGGGUAAUAGACGACUACAGAGACCAGAGGGCAAAGAAGCAGAGGAGAAGCAUAAUACGGAGCAUAGAGAACGAUUGAGACUGACUAAAUCUGCCAAACCCAGACUGUAUUAAUGCUGCGUUUGCUAGG